AUUUACCGAUGUACUGGUCGCCAAUAAAACAAAACACAGAAGCGAAACUGAAAGUCUGAAACUGAUUCUCAACAGUCACCGGAAGAUAUGUCACGAUCCGAGAACGAUCGUCCACUUCUAAUCGAUAGAAUAGAUGAAGAGGAAGAAGAGAGGGCCUACGACGAGACGGAGAAAGUCCACAUCGUCAGAGACGAAGACGACAACGAAAGGGAUCUCGAGUACGGCGUAGGAUGCGGCGGCGCACCGCCGUUUUCAUGGAGGAAGUUAUGGCUGUUCACCGGACCUGGGUUCUUGAUGAGCAUUGCGUUUCUUGAUCCAGGAAACCUGGAAGGAGAUCUCCAAGCCGGUGCGGUUGCCGGAUACUCGCUUCUGUGGUUGCUUAUGUGGGCAACGGCGAUGGGGCUUCUUGUUCAGCUCUUAUCGGCGAGGCUCGGUGUUGCGACGGGGCGUCACUUGGCGGAGCUUUGCCGUGAAGAGUAUCCGACUUGGGCGGGUAUGGUUUUGUGGGUUAUGGCGGAGUUGGCUUUGAUUGGAUCUGAUAUUCAAGAAGUCAUUGGAAGUGCCAUUGCUAUCAAGAUUCUGACCAAUGGGCUUCUGCCUCUCUGGGCUGGUGUCAUCAUCACUGCUCUCGAUUGUUUCGUCUUCUUGUUUCUUGAGAACUACGGAAUUAGGAAACUCGAGGCGGUGUUUGCGGUUUUAAUAGGAACAAUGGCAGUUGCAUUCGCUUGGAUGUUUGGUCAAGCCAAGCCAAGUGGCUCUGAGCUUCUCGUUGGCAUAUUGGUACCGAAACUAAGCUCAAGAACGAUACAAAAAGCAGUUGGAGUUGUGGGUUGCAUUAUAAUGCCACACAAUGUGUUUCUUCACUCAGCUCUUGUUCAAUCGAGAGAAGUCAACAAGCGGCAGAAAUACCGAGUCCAGGAAGCUAUAAACUACUACACAAUUGAAUCAACGAUUGCUCUUAUUGUCUCCUUUGUGAUCAAUCUCUUUGUCACAACUGUUUUCGCUAAAGGGUUUUACAACACAGACCUUGCUGAUAGCAUUGGUCUUGUUAACGCCGGACAGUAUCUUCAGGACAAGUAUGGAGGCGGGCUGUUCCCAAUUCUAUACAUUUGGGGAAUCGGGUUAUUAGCUGCUGGACAGAGCAGCACCAUUACUGGUACCUACGCGGGACAGUUCAUCAUGGGGGGUUUUCUUAACUUCAAGAUGAAGAAAUGGUUGAGAGCUUUCAUCACACGUAGCUGCGCAAUCAUUCCAACUAUUAUCGUUUCUCUAGUGUUCGAUUCAUCAGAAGCUACACUUGAUGUCUUAAACGAGUGGCUUAACGUGCUUCAAUCCAUUCAGAUCCCUUUUGCGCUCAUCCCUCUACUGUGUUUGGUCUCCAAGGAACAGAUCAUGGGCAGUUUCAAAAUCGGUCCUUUCUAUCAGACAAUUGCAUGGCUAGUUGCUGCGCUUGUGAUAAUGAUAAACGGUUAUCUAUUGCUUGAGUUCUUCUCAUCGGAGGUUAGUGGUGUCAUCUAUACCGGUUUCGUGACUGUGUUCACGGCUUCGUAUGGUGCGUUUAUAGUCUAUCUGAUUGCUCGUGGCAUCAAUUUCACUCCUUGGCACUUUAAAGCAGAGUCCUAGUUGAAUGUGUUUGAUCAAUAGCAGAAUGAGUUGUUUAGCUUGUGUGUUUUGUAUUAUAUAAGCAGCUCUUCCUAUGUAUUAGUAUAUAGGUCCUAAAGAUGAAAAAUAAUCUUUCACCAUCUGCUAUUGUUGUGGAUUUUAACUCGAGUAAUAAUACCCAGAUUGAGAAAA